AUGUCACAAGCCCCCGUGUCUGCAGGGUGUUCGGGGGCAGAGGUCCACAGCAGAUGGCAGGAGCUCCCUGUGGGUAAACCGAGCCGCUCCCUGACCACCGGGAGGCCCCUGUGCACCCGGAGGAGGACAGGGCCAUCUGUCCCCGUGUCGUGGGCAGGAGGUCAGGUGACAUGCGAGCGUUCGUCCCGGGGCCCUACUCGGCCCUACUCUGCCCUGCUCGGUCCUACUCUGCCCUGCUCGGUCCUACUCGGCCCUACUCUGCCCUGCUCGGCCCUACUCUGCCCUGCUCGGGUCUACUCUGCCCUGCUCGGUCCUACUCGGUCCUACUCUGCCCUGCUCGGCCCUACUCGGGUCUACUCUGCCCUGCUCGGCCCUACUCUGCCCUGCUCGGCCCUACUCUGCCCUGCUCGGUCCUACUCAGCCCUACUCUGCCCUGCUUGGUCCUACUCUGCCCUACUCUGCCCUACUCGGCCCUACUCUGCCCUGCUCGUCCUACUCUGCCCUGCUCGGCCUACUCUGCCCUACUCUGCCCUGCUCGGCCCUACUCUGCCCUACUCUGCCCUGCUCGGUCCUACUCAGCCCUACUCUGCCCUGCUCGGUCCUACUCGGCCCUACUCUGCCCUGCUCGGUCCUACUCUGCCCUACUCUGCCCUGCUCGGUCCUACUCGGCCCUACUCGGCCCUACUCUGCCCUGCUCGGUCCUACUCUGCCCUACUCUGCCCUGCUCGGUCCUACUCGGCCCUACUCUGCCCUGCUCGGUCCUACUCAGCCCUACUCUGCCCUGCUCGGUCCUACUCGGCCCUACUCUGCCCUGCUCGGUCCUACUCUGCCCUACUCUGCCCUACUCGGCCCUACUCGGCCCUACUCUGCCCUGCUCGGUCCUACUCUGCCCUGCUCGGCCCUACUCUGCCCUACUCUGCCCUGCUCGGUCCUACUCGGCCCUACUCGGCUCUACAACAGGGCUAG